GCUGCGCCACCGCCUCGGGGCGCGCCGGGCGCUGGGCGCAGCUGGGGGGCGCAUGUUGGGGCGCGCGGCGUGGAGGCGCUGCCCGCGAGGGCUGCGGCGCGGCCGGGAGGCGCUGCUGGCACUGCUGGCGUUGCUGGCGCUGGCUGGGCUGGGCUCGGUGCUGCGGGCGCGGCGCGGGGCCGGAAUGGCCGAGCCGGGACUCCUACGCACCCCGCGCUCCGGACGGCGAGACCCGGUUCUGGCGCGGCCGCCGGUGCGGGAGGACGCUCUGGGCGCGCGAGGCGAGGCAGUGCGGCUGCAGCUGCAGGGCGAAGAGCUGCGGCUGCAGGAGGAGAGCGUGCGGCUGCACCAGAUAAACAUCUACCUCAGCGACCGCAUCUCGCUGCACCGCCGCCUGCCCGAGCGCUGGAACCCUCUGUGCAAAGAGAAGAAAUACAAUUAUGAUCAGUUGCCCACGACAUCUGUCAUCAUAACAUUUUAUAAUGAAGCCUGGUCAACUCUCCUUCGGACAGUUUACAGUGUCCUCGAGACAUCCCCAGACACUCUGCUAGAAGAAGUUAUCCUUGUAGAUGACUACAGCGAUCGAGAGCACCUGAAGGAACGCCUGGUCUCCGAGCUGGCCAGGCUGCCCAAGGUCCGCCUGAUCCGCGCCAACAAGAGGGAGGGCCUGGUGCGGGCACGGCUGCUGGGGGCUUCCGCGGCCAAGGGCGACGUGCUGACCUUCCUGGACUGCCACUGCGAGUGCCACGAAGGGUGGCUGGAGCCGCUGCUGCAGAGGAUCCAUGAAAAGGAGUUGGCAGUGGUGUGCCCUGUGAUCGAUGUGAUCGACUGGAACACCUUCGAGUACCUGGGGAACGCUGGGGAGCCCCAGAUUGGCGGUUUCGACUGGAGGCUGGUGUUCACGUGGCACGUGGUUCCCGAGAGGGAGAGGAUCCGCAUGCGGUCCCCCAUCGAUGUCAUCAGGUCUCCAACCAUGGCUGGUGGGCUGUUUUCCGUGAGUAAGAAAUAUUUUGAAUACCUGGGGUCUUAUGAUACAGGAAUGGAAGUUUGGGGCGGAGAAAACCUCGAAUUCUCCUUUAGAAUCUGGCAGUGCGGGGGGACCCUGGAGACACACCCGUGUUCGCACGUUGGCCACGUUUUCCCCAGGCAAGCUCCCUACUCCCGCAACAAGGCUCUGGCCAACAGUGUCCGCGCAGCUGAAGUGUGGAUGGAUGAAUUUAAAGAGCUCUACUACCAUCGCAACCCCCAGGCCCGCUUGGAACCCUUUGGGGAUGUGACAGAGAGGAGGCAGCUCCGUGCAAAGCUCCAGUGUAAGGACUUCAAGUGGUUCUUGAAUACCGUGUAUCCAGAACUGCACGUGCCUGAGGACAGGCCUGGCUUCUUCGGGAUGCUCCAGAACAAAGGACUAAAAGAUUACUGCUUUGACUAUAACCCUCCCAAUGAACACCAGAUUACAGGACAUCAGGUCAUUCUGUACCACUGUCAUGGGAUGGGUCAGAACCAGGGUUGUUGGGAGGAAUGAACAGGAUUAUAUGGUGGACAAACCUAUAAAACUGUGUGAGUGUUGGUGAGCAGUCUUUUUUCGUCAGCAACUCGAUAAAUGAGUGUGGACGACGUGGGACAUCCACUGGACAGAGAGAAGGGGUGUGGACUUGAGUGACCAAUCACCCUCCUCCGUUCCUUUGGUUUCUUCACCUGACGUCUGCAUCAGAGACUACACGAGUCAGUUCUGGAAACUGCUUAGAGAUGGCACAGUCCAAUCCUCCAGCUUCACACCAGGGAAACCAAGGCCUGCAGGGUGGAAGUGACUUGUCCAGGGCCGCAGACAAGGCAUCCCCAACUCAGAUCCAACACUGCUCCCUCUGUCCCCUCAGUUCAGCCCAAGCUCAGGACAUGGCUCUUUCAGCAAGGUCAGUGGUUGGCUGUUCUUCCACAGUUGUCCACACCCACCCCUAAAGUCAGCGGGGCUCCUGCCAGGUCUGAGCACCUCAGUCUCCAAGAGCCCCCUGCCUUGAACACCCUCUUUCUAUCUUCCCAUAGAGGGCAGUUGAAAGUAAUUGAAAGCUACUUCCAGCUCUGUUUUCCCCUGCAGAGCUCUCCUUCCCUGGGCCUCUCUUGGAGAGCUCGGGAGCAGGUCAGCGGCAUGUAUACACCUGCUACCUUACCCAAGGUUCCUUCAGCAUUGGGCAAGUGCAAGCAUUUCCCUUCCCCUCAGACAGAGCCCCCUCCCUCUUUGCUUUUUAAAAUGACACCCCCGACCACACACAGCUUGCCAUUGAACUUGCCCAUCUGACACACACAGAAGCUCAUUCUGAAGGACCUUGAGUAUGUGUUCCUGUUGCACAGGUGGGAUUUCUCUACUGAAAAACAGUUGCAGGAGAAAGCAGAUAACAAAAUGCCAGGCCUGUUAAGAGCUCAUUUGACCCCAAGGACAGGCUGAUGUCCGAAAGGCAGAUUGAGUAACUGAGCUCGCAUCUUACCAAACCGUUUGGAUUUUACUUUCUGGGUAAAAAGUUAUCAGUCUGUGGCCACCACAGUUACUUUGAAGACAUGGACCAUUCUUAUUGCCUCUGGAAGGAAAGCCCCCAAUCCCUGCAUCCCAUUCCCCAAAGCAAGGAACACCAGGCCUCACCCAUCCUUCAAGCCAGGAGAGCUGAGAGGCCAGCGUAGCACAUGCUUGAAGAAAUGGAAGGAGGAAACUAAUAAUAUUUAUUAAGAACUUGCUAUGUACAGAUGUGGUCUUAGGCCUUUUACAUAUACAAGCACACCUGGGAGUUAUCUCGGGUUCAGUUCCAGACUACCACAAUAAACAGAAUAUUGAAAUAAAGCAUGUUACACAAAUUUUUUGGUUUCCCAGUGCAUAUAAAAGUUAUAUUUACACUACACUGUAGUCUAGUAAGUGUGCAAUUGCAUUAUGUCUAAAAAAAUGUACAUACUUUAAUUAAAAAUACAUUAUUGCUAAAAAAUGCUGACCAUCGUCUGAACUUACAGCA